AUGGAAGCUGCACCCAUCGCACUCACAAAGGUUGAGACGCGUUAUCCCAUUAUCGAGAAUCUGACUCUAACCUUGGUGGUAUUGGCUCGACGUCUACGUCUGUAUUUCCAGGCCCACCUCAUCUCGAUUCUCACCAACCAACCCUUCCAACAAGUCCCCAAUCGUCUAGAGGGAAUUCCUCAUCAAGUGGUUUUCCCUGCCCUACCUACGUGCAUAACCCCCGAGGAGGGGCGCGAGGUCCUCCCUGAAAUCCAUGAAGGUGUCUGUGGAGACCAUUCGACAUCCAGGACCAUGGCCAUCAAGGCUAUUCACCUAGGCUACUUUUGCCCUUCCUUAAAGAUCAACGCCCAAAACCUCGGCUGA